CGAUCGGAGGGCACUAUCGUGCUCACGCUCAACAUUGUAUGUUACAUACUUAUGCACUUGUUGUCCUUGGGAAUGCCCCCCUCCACGCUAGGUGUCGUCGUUGAAUAAAGCCAUGACUACGUCGUCAACGAAUCAUUACUCGCAGCUCUCAUCAACGUCAUUGUCCGCCCCCACUUCGACGUCGACAAGUGAUGGAAAUUCAUUGAAUAGCGGUUCAGCGCUACUCUUUGGCUUCCUUGUCAGUGUUUUGUCCCUCUUUGGCCUGUUCAUGGUCAGUGGGCUCGUAUGGCAUCGUCUGGUCAUACGGCGCCGGAUGAUCGAUGACAUGUUACGGGUCAAUAUCCCCUCGCAGAGGAGGGAUAUGCGGAAGCCUUCACUGUGGGAUGUACGGGCUUUGCUAGGUCAGGACUGUUCACGAUGGAGUGACACGCAGCCGCUAGCAGCAGAAAAGUACGACAUGCCAUUGCCACCGCUGUUGAACAGCCAACCACCAAGAACUUCUUUCUGGAAACGUCAGGUUCUUGACCGCAUACCACGCGAGAUAACCUAUCUCUUUUGUCCUCCCACCCUAGCCCAAGUGGCUGACUCCCCACUUUUGAAUCACUCGAGGGUGGAGCUCCCGGUGGAUCAAUCUGACGUUCAGGUUUCGGUCUUGAUAGCUAUGCCGCGACCCCCAGACCCGCUGUUACCUUCGUCGAAUGGUGUGGGAUUGAAGAAGCACGAACCAUUGUAUGAGAUUGUUAUUGGGACAACGAGCGUGUACUAUCAGGACUCGUACUCUGACUUGGACUCGCGGUAGUCGUGGCGCUUGUAUUGCCUUUUUACGAUUGAUACGUGUUUCGUGUUAUCUUUCUGCUUUGACGUGCCUUACCAGGGUACUUAUAUUAACUGUUGCACUAUUAUAGACUUGGACUCUUGGCUAUUCUGGGUUGCGCUUCGCCCGCCUUGCAAUGCUUGAAACUUGAGGCGCAAGUACCAGGUUGUUGUUCGUUGUUCGCACAGUUAAACGGGUUGACAGCUGCUGCUAUUGAGAGCUUUCCUAGGGUAGUCGCAUGGUUAUUUUUGUGGCCUGACAACCUUAACGCCUUUUGCUUACGUCCUCAUCAGCGGCGCGUACAGC